AUGGCCAGCACAGAAAAAGACCCCGAAACCAUCGCCUUCGCCAAGACGCUCUCCAACGUCCCCUGGUGCGAAGACUACGAAAAGAUGAUAUCAGGAGUCUUAUAUGACGCCCAGGCCCAAGAACUCGUAGAUGGCCGCUACCGCGCAAGACGCCUCAUGCACAAAUACAACACCCACUUCCCCGACGACGCCACCUCCGACUCCCUCAUCGCAGACCGCACCGCCAUGCUGCAGUCUACCUUUGGAAGAGUCGGCAAGGGAGCCUUCAUCGAGCCCCCCAUCAACAUUGACUACGGGUGCAACAUUACCAUUGGGGAAAACUUCUACUCCAACUUCAACCUCGUGAUUCUAGACUGUGGUAUCGUCAAGAUAGGUAAUAGGGUGCAAUUCGGUCCCUUUGUGUCCAUUUUCGCUGCCACGCAUGAGACGGGCGUGCAGUCUCGUCGAGAUGGCGUCGAGUACGCCAAGAGUGUGACUAUCGGUGAUGACUGUUGGAUUGGGGGGAAUACGACCAUCAUGCCGGGCGUGACUAUUGGCAAGGGGUGUACGAUUGGUGCGGGAAGCGUGGUGACCAAGUCGAUUCCUGAGUUUUCUGUGGCGAUUGGGUCGCCAGCGAGGGUGGUGAAGACGGUUGAUCCUGUGCCGGACUUGUAA